CCCCCCCCGCCUCCGCUCCCACCAGCCGCAGCCUUUGGGCCACCCCUGGUACCGCCGGGCAGCAGUGCAGGGCCGCUCCCGGGCAUGCCAUGUAAACCGGGUGCUGACGCAGCCAAAGUGUACGGUGGCUUCCAGCUGCUGCCGGCUUCUGAUGGGCAAUUUGCCUUCCUCAUCCCCAGCACCGCCUUUGCUCCUGGUGGUGCUGUGCUGCCCCUGUAUGGUGGCCCACCCACGGCUGCCACCGCUGCCUCGCCGCCCCGCCCGCCACCCGGCACAGCUGACUCGGUCUGGAGACCCUGGUAA